AUGGCUUCUUCACAAGUAGAAAUUGCCUCCUCUUCUCCAUUUGGCUAUGUUCUUAAUAAUAGAUGUUGUGCUACUAGUACUAGAGAUUCCAAUUCUUUCAAACAAAAUUUCAAGAAUUUGGUUCAAUCCCAUUUGCAUUCUUGUAAAGCUUUUCCAUCUGAUUGUUGUGAAAAUUCGCAAAACAAUGUUGAUUUAUUCAUAUGCAAAAAAACAGAAUUUGGUGGCAAGAAUCAAGAAAGUUGUGGUGGGGGUGUUUCUUCUCUUGUUAGAAAAUGGAAAGAUUUCGAAACAGAAUCGAAAAGUUUGAAUUUGGUUAAUAAUUAUGAGAAUUUGGGAUUUGUGUGUGAUGAUGAAUCUUGUUCCAUUGCGAUGAAAAGUGAAUGUGAUUGGGAAUCAGAUGAUAAAACAGAUAUAAGUAAAGAUUCUGAUUCUGAAGUCAAAGAAAGUGAGAGGUUGGGAGUUGCUGAUAUAAUCAAGAAACUCAAAUUUGAUAAUGGUGGUAAUGUUGUUGUUGCUGUCAAUGGUGGAUCAUCGUUGCCUCGUGUUAGGACAUCAUCAAUAAAGGAUCAUUCCGAAGGACAGAGGUGUAAUUUUUCACCGGUUUUGAGUUCACCUCGAUUCAUCAGGGGGCGCCAGGCAUUCAGUGAUUUGCUCUUGCAAAUGGAGCGCGAUAGGAGGAGGGAACUCGAAGGUCUUGUGGAACGUAAGGCGGUUUCCAAGUUCCAACAAAGAGGCAGAAUUCAGGCUUUGCUUCGAGUUAGACUCAUACGACAUGGUGCAGAAGUUAGAGGAGGCCAUUCAUUGAAGUGCUCAGCGUCUGAACCAAAUAAAUCGAAACAUUCUGCAAUUAUGCAUCUCAGGGAAAAGUUCAACACAGUAGGACAGCAUGGUCUUGCUGUUUCAAGAAACACCUCAAAAGAAGUAGCAGAAAGUAUCCAUGAGAGCGGAAGCCUCCCUUCCACACCAAAUCGACAACAUAAAGAGAAUAGUUAUCGGGACUUUAAAAGCUUAAGAAGCCACCAAAGAGAACUAGUUCGUAGUAACUCCGCGAAAGUAGGAACUGGAUUUUCAUUACAUCAGCAGAAAGAAGAGGAUCCACUUAAGGGGCAUGUGAAGGAGAGAGCAGGACUGCAGCAUGGUGUACUAGCCGACUCAAUAAGUACCUCUAUAACAUUGGGAGAUAAUACUCGAGACCCUAGCAUAUCUAAAAAAGAGAAUCAUCAUAAACCAAGAAGCCCCCAUAAAGAGGCCUUAGAUAACAAACCAAAAGUUGGAAUUAUUGCUAUAUCCAAUCAGCUACAAGAAGAGAAUCAUCGUGAGGAAGUACCCGAACAAGUAAGCCCCAGGAACGUGGCGCCUAGCAUACAAGUUGGAAACAGAUUUUCAUCACAUCAGCAGGGAGAAGGGGAUCGACAUAAGGAGCUUGUCAGGGAGAGAGCUGAAAUGCAGCCUGGUACAGCAUCGGGAGAAAAGGCUCGAGACCCUUGCACAUCUAAAGAAGAGAGUCAUCAUAAACCAAGAAACAACCAAAAAGAGGUGGUAGAUAACAUCCCAAAGGUUGGAACUUUUUGUAUAUCCAAUCAACCGUGUGAAGAGAAUCAUUAUGAGGAAUUAUGUAAGAAAUUAAGCUCGAGAAUUAUGGCAACCAGCAUACAGGUUACUAACUUGUCCGAAAAUCAGAAAGAGAUGGCAUGUAGCGCGAAAAAAUCAGAAGGUUCUUGUAUAUUAAAUCAACAUGACAUGAACCUUACCAGCUUACCGAGCUAUACUUGUCAAGCACAGAGCUUAGAUGAUAUCCCUGAAAAAGCUAGUUGGGGAAACACAAGUUCCGAAGCCAGCCAUAGCAACUUGUUGGAUUUUGUAGAUUCAGGAAGACCUCCUAAGCAUAGAGGCGAAAACAAGCAGUUUCCAGGGACUAGUGACUGCACGAAUCCUCAAAGCUACCGGGAGGAGGAAGCAACCAACCAGUGUCUAGUUGAAAGUUACAGUGGCUCGGUAAGUGAUUAUUCCCUCACAACUAGUGGAUGGGAUGAACUGCAGUCUAACUAUCAGCAAGACAAUGAAGAUUGGAUAAGUUAUAUUUCUCGUCCACGGAAAGAGUGGGAAGGUCUCAGGCAAGAAAGAUACCAAGAGAUGCUUGAUCCUUUCUCAAACAAUCAUGACAUACAACAACUUCUUCACCGGAAAAGUGUUUCAGUGUUUCUUACGAGUGGUUUGAGAGAGCAAAUUGAUCGAAUUAUGGCGUCUCGCUCACAACAACUACCAAAUGCAAGGAGCAGCCAUGUUGAGAAACAAGUACCAGCACAAGUGGCUGAAGAUGAGGAGGAGGAAGUGGAACAGAAUGAAAAAGAAGAAGAAGUAGAAUGGGGAUAUAACGAUGACUCUGAAGAUGACAUUAUCCCGAGCAGACAACGAUACAAUGAACCUGAAGUAUUAAUUCUUCAGAACACACCUUCACAGACUUCACAGUCAUGGAACACAAAUCCAUACCAGGAAGUUACUGAUGACUCAUAUCACUUCCCGUCUCCUUCUUCACUGCAAUCUCAAUCGUCUAAUAUAUACUCCCAACUAUGUUCUUCCUCCACUGGACACCCUUCAACUGAAAUGGAACUCAUAUAUGAAAUGAGAGGACAUAUGGAGCAACUCCACCAAGAGAUUUUUGAAAUACGAAGAUCUAUGAAGAGUUGUAUGAACAUGCAAAUGAAGUUACAACAUUCGAUUAAGCAGGACGUUGCAGCUGCAAUCAGUCAGUUAGGUCAAAACAGCAGGGGGAAUUCAGAUAAAAAGGGUUCAAACAAAGGAAAAUGCUGUAUUUGCAAUGAGGAGCCAGUUGAUUCUCUUCUUUACAGAUGUGGACAUAUGUGCACCUGUUUCUUGUGUGCACAUGAAUUGAUUUCCGGUAUUGGAAAAUGUCCAAUAUGCCAAGCUCCAAUAAUGGAUGUCGUGCGUGCAUAUGCUCAUUCAUGAUGUACAUGUGAACUUGAUUUUGUUCUGAAGGUCUGCCAGACAACAACC